AUGUCGAUCGAGAGCAGCCUGCUUCAGCUUCUCACUCCCACUUCUUAUAUAGGACUAGAUAGUGUUGCUCGUGCUGCGUACAGGCCCAACAUUAUAGAUGACGUUUUCUUCUCUGCCCUCUCCUCUCCAAAGGCCAAAGGAGAGACUGUAUCCCUUUUCUUCGGUAGCUCUUUUGGUUUCCCAAGGAUAGCGAUAGCUGGAGCAAAGCCCGCUUUCUUCUCUCCGCGAAUGAGAGAGAGUCAGAGGAAAAAACACAGUUUUAGGUGGCAAGAGACUUUAGGGCUUGUUGGAGCUUCUGAGCGUAACGAAUCGAAGCCGAAGACGGAUCAAGGUAGCUUGCCUGCCAAGCCGAUAGGCGAAGGGCUGAAGGAUGGAACGUGCAAAGUAGAUCGUGCACCUGUCGUGUGA